AUGGAUUCUAAAUAUGGGCGCCGAACUGAGAAAAAGUCCGCUGGGCCACCUCCAGGAAUAAUAUCCUCCACAUAUUCCGACGAUUCUUAUAGUCGUCGCAGUUAUUAUUCGGACCGAGAGUCAGGUGACUACUCAACUUCAACAGCAUCCUAUGAAGAUGUCGACGAUCGCCGACUUUAUCGAACUGAACCAAAAUACAUCCCGGAGGUGAAACCGUCUACACCUCCCUUGUUCGCCCAUCUCUUUCCUUCAACCCGUCGUUUGACGAUCAAACAUGACGAUGAUUUCGAUGGCAAUAUGAAUCUCCGGGUCGAUACCAACAUGUCUCAUUCUUCCGAGCCUCCCAGGUUGAUCACUCUUUUUCACAUGAAAAUGAAUAACCUUAAGAAUCGCGACAUGGUACUCCGACGGUAUGGUCGUGAUUGUGGUCGUGAAGUGGUCAACUUCCGUCGAAAAUAUGCCAAGCCAGCUUCAGGGCGUCCAAAAUUAGAACGAUCUGGAAGCAAGCUAAUGAGCUCUCUCAUGGGCAAAAGCGACCCGAAGGAUCGAACUCUUUCACGUCAAGAUAGCGGAUACGAAUCCGGGGAAGAUGAUGAGGAAGAGCUUUCUGAUGUCGAACAAAAAGGUCAUGCUCCCGCCGACACUACCAACCAUGGCAUUCCGACAAACACCACCAUGCUCGAAUUCUCAAAUUAUGCUCAUGUCGACCUGAAGAGACGUGGAAGCAAAGGUAGCAAAAGAUACGAAUUUGAGUACUGGGGUAAAAGUUACGCCUGGAAACGUAAGAUCACAGUUUAUGGCCAGGAAGAGUCAUGCUCAUACUUCUUGGUCAAUACCGCAACCAACAACAUCAUCGCUCAUAUUCGUCCUGAUAACCUGUCACCAAGCGAGGUUGCAGAGGAACAAGCCAAGGGAGGGUUUGUCCCACCAUCGACUAUGUGGCUUUGCGAUGACACAGACGACUCAGUUGUCGGCUCGAUGUGCGACGUUGCCGAUGUUGUGGUCGCAACUGGCAUCUACGUCCUUGUUGACGAUUCCAUCAAAAGGAAGUUUUCCCGUCGUAAAAGAGUUGUCCAACUCGUCUUGCCAACGAUGCGUGGAAACACUGUCAAAAUGAAUAUGGAAUAUGUUGGUCCAAAGCGUCUCAUCGACCAGGUUUUCAAUCGACCAGGAAACAACACACGAAAGAACAGUGUUGCUACAAGCACAUCCAGCAGAACUCCAGCUCUCAUUCGCACGACCAGUUCUUUGACUACGACAGGGGCCCCUGCAGCUGAGCGGGUUGUAAGCCGGCCAGCCCCUUUGCGUGCAGCUAGCACACGCGUUUAG